AUGGGUAGUAGCAAAAGUAAGAAGAGAGAAGACGGAAUCAAAACGUCGUUUUCAGCCAGCGCUUCUGGGUUCUUCAGCGCCGCGAAUAACGAAGUGAACAACGUGAAAAAGCUCGACCAGUCCGUGAGCUUAUACGAAAAGCUCGAGCGAGAAAUUCGAACUUCGGACGGGAAAUCGUUAUCGCUUUCCGACUGCGUGAUAAAGCUCGCGCUGAACGAACCAUCGGUAACGUUGAGAGACCGAGUUAUGGUGAGUUUGUGCGCUGAAGCUAUGUCAAUUAUCCCAGAGUGUGGAUUAGAGAACGCGUCAUUGGUGAUAUCCAUGGCUUUAAAGCACGCUUUGGUUGAAAACGGCAUCGACGAGAGCACAGUUGAAGUGAAAGUUGGCUACGUGAAAUCUACGAAAAAAAACGACGGAGGCGUCCGAUGUGAUGCGCACGUUUGGUUGGAGGUGGACCAAAGAAUAAUAGAUUUGAGCGUAGAUGGGGUUCAAAUCGUGGAAAUGGCCAGGAAAGCGGGCAUUUCGUACGAGGAUGUCGGGAAAAUGGCCGAGCACUUUUCGCCGGAAAUCGCCAAGGAAGUGAACAAAGAUAUUCGACCGGCUACGGUUUUAGGCAUACCAAUCGUAUUAAACGAGUGCAGAAAGAACAGACUGAUGUUAAAAGAACCACCCUUGACGGUGGAAGGUGCAGCAAACGCUAUUGAAACGGCAAAGAAGUAUCAGCAAGCGAUUCAGACCAUGUCUGUGAGCGAUAUCGAGAAGAAUUUAGAGAACAAGGCGGAUUUGAAGAACGCGUUUUUACGGCUAUCUGGGAUUAAAAUUGAACGCGUUUCAUCCGCAAAGAACAAAUUCCACGCUUUUGAAGACGCCGCUGAAAAGAUGGACAAAGCGCUCCAGACGCUCGAUCGUUUGAAGGGAGCAGGACCGCGGUAG